UUUCUGUCGACGUGGGAAAGAGUCACUUGCAAACAGAAACCUACAUGGGUGUAGGUGGCCAGAGCAAUGAACAUCUUUUUAUGUAAAUUAUACUCAUUGGAAUUUAACAAUGUGGCUGAAACCAGAGGAGGUGCUUCUAAAAAAUGCACUAAAGUUAUGGAUGACUGAGAAAUCAAAUGAUUAUUUCAUCUUGCAGAGGAGGCGAGGAUAUGGUGAAGGAGGUGGUGGCUUGACAGGUCUCCUGGUGGGAACACUUGACACUGUGUUAGAUUCCACAGCAAAAGUGGCCCCUUUCCGCAUCCUACACCAAACACCAGAUUCCCAGGUCUACUGGUCAAUAGCGUGUGGAGCCACCAAGGAGGAGAUUAACCAGCACUGGGAAUGGUUGCAGCAGAACGUAAUGGGGACCCUUUCUGUGUUCGACUCCAGUGAGGAUAUCACCAGCUUUGUUCAAGGCAAGAUCAGAGGCCUCAUUGCUGAGGAGGGAAAGGUGUCUCUGGUACAAGAGGACGACCCCGAAAAGUUUCGUGAGGCGUUGCUGCGGUUUCACAAGUGGUUUGCCCUCCCAGAGAAAGAAAAGCUGGUCACCUACUACUCCUGCAGCUACUGGAAGGGCCGGGUCCCCUGUCAGGGGUGGCUGUACCUGAGCACAAACUUCCUCAGCUUCUACUCGUACCUGCUGGGGGCAGAGGUUAAGCUCAUCAUUUCAUGGGAUGAGAUCUGGAAGUUGGAAAAGACGUCCAAUGUGAUCUUGGCGGAGAGCAUCCAUGUGGCGGCAGGCGGAGAGGACCACUACUUCUCCAUGUUUCUGCACCUCCAUGAGACUUUCCUACUUAUGGAGCAGCUGGCCGACUACUCCAUCAAACGGCUCUUUGACAAAGAGACAUUCCAGCUCAUUCCAGCCUUAUCAGACCCUCUCCAGAUCACCAAGAGGGGCUUGGAGACACAUGUGCGUAAUGAGCAGUUCCGCGCCUUUUUCCGUUUGCCUCGUGGAGAGACCCUGGUGGAGGUUUACGAGAGCUUCCUGUGGGUUCCCUUCAGCCAUUUCAACACACUGGGAAAGAUCUGCGUUUCCGAGAACUACCUGUGCUUUGCCAGUCAGGACGGCAGCCAGUGCUACGUCAUCAUUCCCAUACGAGAGAUUGUCGGCGUGGACAAACCUGACAGCAGCAGUCGCGCAGUGACAGUGUGCGUGCGUGGGAAGAGGGCGCUGCGCUUCUCCGAGGUGCGGGACUACGAGCGCCUGGCCAAUAGCAUUCGCAGGAGGUGCGGGGCCACUGCAAGCCCUCGGCACAUCUUAGCUGGCGGGGCCGGGGCAGAGAGCUGCCACACCCUCAUUGAGCACUUCGAGGAUAAUCCCGAGGAGGUGGCCCUGAUGGUCGGCCAGCGAGAUGGCAGCAAGGCUGUGAGCACAGAGGCUCUGAUGACGGUUUUCCACCCCCAGGACGCUGAGAACCUGGACCCCAAAAUGCUGAAGGAGAAGAUGAAGGAGCAGUCGUGGAACAUCCACUUUGCGGAGUACGGCCGUGGUAUGAGUAUGUUUCGUACGAGGAAGACGCGAGACUUGAUUGUGCGGGGAGUUCCUGAGGCCCUGAGAGGUGAACUUUGGCUGCUUUUCUCAGGUGCAAUAAAUGACAUGGUUACCCAUCCGGGUUACUAUUCGGAGCUGGUUGAGCAGUCUCUUGGUACCAGUACUCUGGCGACAGAUGAAAUAGAGCGGGACUUGCACCGGUCCCUGCCGGAGCACCCUGCCUUCCAGAGUGACACAGGCAUCUCGGCCCUGCGCCGCGUCCUCACUUCAUACGCUUACCGAAACCCCAAGAUUGGCUACUGCCAGGCCAUGAACAUCCUGACGUCGGUUUUGCUGCUGUAUGCCAAGGAAGAGGAGGCUUUCUGGUUGCUGGUCGCUAUCUGUGAGAGGAUGCUGCCUGACUAUUUUAAUCGCAGGAUCAUUGGUGCCCUAGUGGACCAGUCGGUGUUUGAGGAGCUAAUCCGAGAGCACCUGUCCCAGCUCACGGAGCACAUGACGGAUAUGACCUUCUUCUCGUCUGUGUCACUCUCCUGGUUCCUCACACUAUUCAUCAGCGUGCUGCCGAUUGAGAGCGCCGUCAAUGUCGUUGACUGCUUCUUCUAUGAUGGAAUCAAGGCCAUCCUACAGCUUGGCUUAGCAGUGCUGGACUUCAACAUGGACCAUCUGCUUGCCUGCCGCGAUGAUGCAGAGGCUGUGACCAUCCUGAAUAAGUUUUUUGACAGUGUGACCAACAAAGACAGCCCCCUCCCACCCACAGUGCAGCAAGGAGCCACGGCAAACAGUGAGAGGACUGCGAACAGCAAGGUGGACAUCACCGACCUCAUUCGAGAGGCCUAUGAGAAAUACGGGGACAUUCGAUCCGAGGAAGUGGAGAGCAUGCGAAGGAGAAACAAGCUGUUUGUGAUCCAGACUUUAGAAGAUACAACCAAGCAGAAUGUUCUAAGGGUUGUUUCUCAGGAGGUGAAGUUCACUCCCGCAGAUCUGGAUGAUCUUUACGGCCUAUUCAAGAGACAGCACUUUCUAAGCUGCUACUGGACGAUGAACAGUGCCGCCCUCCUGCACCACGACCCCAGCCUGGCCUACCUAGAGCAGUACCAGUUAGCCCAGCAGCAGUUCUGCAGCCUCUUCGCCCUCCUGGCUCCCUGGUCCCACUGCAGCAGUUGCCAUCUCCUCUCCUUGUGGGCCUUCCGCCUGCUGGACGAGAACCAGGAUGGCCUGGUCAACUUCAAGGAGUUCUGCUGUGGCCUGAAUAUUCUGUACAGUGGCUCUUUUACAGAAAAACUGAAAUUUCUCUUCAAGAUGCAUCUACCACCCGCUUUUACAGAAAUAGAGACCGAACGUCCUUUAUUCUCAAAGGGCCGCAAAGUCUCCCACUUUAGGUCACUGAGUGAAGACUUCUCCUACUUUAGUCGACUGAAUGUCUCAUUGCCUGAUGGUCCGGAGGAUGGCGUUAUUAGAAAAAGCCCGGAAAGAGGCAGAGGGAAGGUGGAUCUGCAGGCGUACCUGAAGCAGUGGCAGGAUGAGCUGCUGAAGAGAGAGGAGAGCAUUAAGGAUUUACCCAGGAUAAACCAGGGUCAGUUCAUCCAAUUCUCCAAAACUCUAUACAGUUUGUUUCAUGGAGACGCGGAGGAGGAAUCGCUGUAUCGGGCCGUAGCGAGCGUCACAAGCCUCCUGCUGAGGAUGGAGGAGGUGGGGCGUCGCCUGCAGGGCCCACCCCCCCCCACUGAAACUGCCUCUGCCCACAGGGAGCCUACCGCUGUCCCAGAAACAGUGUCAGGCUUGCUACCUGCUCCUUGCGCUUCAGAGACUGCAUUGCAGCCACAGGAAGUGGAGUGGUCCUUUGCUUUUGAGCAGAUCCUAGCCUCCCUGCUGAACGAGCCUGUUGUGGUCCACUUCUUCGAAAAGCCUGUGGACAUCCAAGCCAGACUGGAGCACGCCAAGGUCACCCAGCUGAAGGUGUAAGCAGAGAACUUAAAGGGACCAUUUUAACCCUUUAUUAAGCCAUAAUACAUCUCUCCAGCAUCCCCCCCCCCCAGUUUACAUAUGAGCAAAAUAAUGUUGGAACAGACACCAUGCAUCCACUACGCAAGUUCUCUCCUCCAGAUUUGAGUACAGGGAGCACAGUUUGGUCCAAUUUAGUGUUUUCGUUUUUACGUCAGCCAGUUAGAUAAAGCAGCAUUACUCAGAAUUGUGUGUUAGAAAAGUCAGGGCUUAUUACAUCUGUCAAGGUCACAGAUGAUGCAGAUGGAGAAAAUAUGUUUCCCUUGGACACAAUGUUCGAUAUUUUCAGUCAAGACAGUAUGUGAUAAAGGUUGAAUUUGUGUCGCUCUGUAUAUUUAGUGAUGGGGUAAAUUAAAAAUCAAAGACCCUUAUUCCCCAGUGGUUUAACAAAAUGCCUGAAUAUGAAUUCUUAUUAAUGGAUGAUUAUUUUGAGAUCCCAGUGACUGGCAUCUUAGAAAAAGGUGGUUUGCUUUAAGUAAGUUGGUUUUGGGUUAUACAUUUUGGAUGCAUUUCAAAAUAUUUUGAGUAUAAAGUUUUACGUCAUACAGUAUUAAUGAUUAUGUAUCUAUGUAUGUUUCAUUUUAUAUGUUACAUUUCAAUGAACCUGUAAACUAGAUACUGAACAGCUUCUGAGAAUUAUUUUUUCUUGGCAUCCUUAGAGACUGAUUCUACAUAAACGCAUAUUUUAAAAAAAGCAUUUCUUUUACACAUCAUGUGGUGCUUUUUUUAUUCCGUUAAAUGUAUAUUUCUAUUUAAAUGAAAGGGAUACGAUUCUUAAAUAUAUGUAUCAUUAUGAUUGAUUUCUUCUAUCAAGAAUAUUUUUGAAAUUUAUGUACAGAUGCAUAUUGUCUGAAAUCACUGUCAUUUCUUUUGAUGUAUUGAGUACUGUUUGUGUUAAGCAAAAUUAUCAUUGCUCAAGGUGAUUUUACUGUACGAUUCCCGAAAUGUAAACUUUAAUUUUUUCCAGAGUAACUUUAAAAUAGUGGAAUAGCAUGUCGUGCACGUGCAUGAGAACUCAAGGCAAUCAACUUAAAAAAUCUGAAGCAUUGAAAAAGGAAAUUGGUUUAUUUAUUGUUGCGAUUUUAGUUGGAUUUAGAACAUUAAACUGACUAGCGCAUACAUUUGAAAAACAAGAAAAGACUUGUUGAAUUGUUCAAGGAAAGGUAAAAAAAACUUAGGUCAUUGCAUUGUGCACCUUCACAGCUAGUAUUUUUUCUAUUUACGGCUUUUGGUUUUUUGACUCAUGCUGUAAUAAACGUACGGCAGCAUUUUAUCACAAACUACUUAAACUGUAUUUUUUUCUUAGAAGCCUUUGCAAGUUGAGCAACGUCUAUUCAAAAUAAUUUGAAAUAAAUCGUCUUUGUUGUAAUUUACACUUAAAUGGGGAGAAGGGUUCUAUGGAACAGGGAUAUUGGAGAAUUAGUCAAUUUUAUUUGUCACUCUUUGUAGGGGUGUUUUUACAGGAUGCCUCCUAUCACUUGCAUCGGUAUCUUUGUUUUGAAUAGUUUUUUCCCUGCUCUCAACUUGAAUAUGUCUGAACUUUUCAGAAGGUUACUCACACUACAAGUCAUUUAAACGGAAACAUGCUAGUGGAAUGAGCACAUUUUUAGGGUAAAAGAAUGUUUGUGUACCAUUUUGAUGUGGUAAAAUGAUGGUGUUUAGUUAUGAGGGCUACAUAUGAUAUUUCAGGGAAUCAAACAAAAAUCUAUAUGUACUAUUUUGUUCAAUUAUUGCCCUGAAAUGUUCUGUACUACUAAAAAGGUGUCCAGUCAUUACACAGAUGAAUUUACCUUAAUCAAAUUAUUGGUGUUAGUUUGUCUUAAAUGGCACUCUACUUACAUUUUCCUUUUUGUUCUUUAUUUCAUUCUUCCAUCGUCCUUAAAAACCCAGGAUGUUAUUUAAACUCUGUUGGUGAGCAUUCUGAUUGAAUGAAUGUUUGUGGCAAAUUGUAAAUAAAUAUACCUUUCGAACAGGUGUAGACAUGAUCUUAGCUGCUAUAUCAAAAUGUUUCCAUUUUGGUAUUUAAACUAGUCUUAUUAAAAGAUUGUCAGUGAGGAAGUCAGCACAAGUAAAAGGAAACAAAUGUAAUCACGUUUCACAAUAAGUAGUUUGUAAAAAAACGUGGAAUUGUACGUCUUAAUUUGUCAACAACGAAUAAAUAAAGAUUAUUAAAAUUUGAUUAUGGUAUUUAGAAGUAAUAGAUCCGAAGUGCAAAAAAUGCAUUUAAUACAAGUCAGGGCUAAUUCUAAAUAAAAUAUAUUGUAGGAUAUUGUCUGUAGUUUAAAUUGGUAUAUCUGUAGUUUAAAUUGGUACAGUAUAGGCCAAAAUAGCUACAUGUUGUUGUACAAUUCAUUACCCACACAUGGGUGAAGCUCACUUAAUUUAAACAUCUUACCAUGGUAUAUAGUUAAGGUAUUUUUUCCUGUAUUAAUUGAAUGAAGUUGAUUUCACUGUGUAUUGUAACAACGUUUUCCAUUUAUAGGUCGAAUACACACAUACUGAUGGUGAUUUUGUGUGAUGCUUAGUAAACUCAGUCUGAAGUGAAAAAAACACAUAUGUACUAUCUGUGCCUAUCACAAGUCACUUUAAGUAAAACAUAUUCCUUAAUUUUUCUGUUUGCACAAUGUAUGUUACAGUACAAACUGACCAAUAAACUGCCAUUUAUGUCUAUUACUGUUACAA